GAGAGAGAGCCCGAGUCUGGGCUCGGGGCGGGGGCCGGCGUUGGGUGUCCUGUGCCCCAGCGCCUCACCUUCUGUGCCGGGAUCCGUGCAGGUGGGAACUCGCAGCUGCGAGUUUUACUACCUCCUUGCGUUCAGUUUUCUACCAUGGAGGGAUUUGAUUUCUGUGUACCAAGUGUGUGAAUUCAGUGCUGCCUAAGUGAUUGCAAAUUAUGAAUAGCAAUAUGUGCAAGAUUUCAGUUGCAUUGGCUGUGUUACAUCUCUAGUGUGUUUGGGGUUUACUUGGUCUGGUACACUGGUCCCACUGCAGUGGAAACAACCUGGGAUGCCAAUAAUGUUUUAGUUAUUGAUUCAAAGAACACCAAUAUAUGUUAACAUAUACUGUCUUGUUAUACAGCAUUAAAACAAAAUGUCAUCAUCAUCACAAUCAUCCUCGUGUUUACCUGUACAUGACUGUACUUCUCCUUUAGUGGACUUUGAUCCUCAGGAAAAGUUUAUUCUUCCUCAUGCUUCUGAGUUAAACAGUGAAAUCAUUGACACUUUGAUACAGAAGCUAAGUGAAAAUGAAACUCAAAAUACAAAUCUCAGGAAAAAAAUACUUGAAAGAGAGAAACAGAUUAAAGAACUUUCAUCCAUGCUUCAGUGUGAAAAAAUCAAUACACAGAAAGGAAACCACCUGUCAAGAUCAGUGAAGGAAGUACAAGCUCACCUGCAGUGUCAGAUUCAAAGAAAAGAAGCAGAAAAUGAUGAAUUAAAAGUAAAAAUACAGAAUCUAGAAAACAAAAUAGCAAAGUGGAAACAUCAAGUUGGUGAAUACAAGCACCAGAAGUCAGCCUUAAAGGAAACAAGUGAACAAAACAAGAUUGCUCUGAAAAAAGCAGUGAGGUCCCAGAAACAAAGAGCUCAAUUCUUUGAAGAAGCUGCAAAAAAUGUAACCUCCAAAAUAAGAGAACAUGAAGUCAAAUUGAGUGAGAUAUGGUCCACUGCUGAUGUCUGGAAAAACCAGCAUGAUAGAAUGCUUGAAGAAAAGACAAUGUUAGAAAUUCAAACAGAAGAUCUUAAAAAUCAGAUCACAAGCCUGUUGGAAGAAUUGGAAAGAAGGAAGGAAUGGAGAAGAAACUCAGAGGAGGAAAUUCUCAGAAAGCUAAAUUCUGGUAACUCUGAAAAUGAAAAGAUUUACCUUGAAAAUGAAAAAUUAAAGGCUUUCAUUGCUACAUUGGAGAAAAGUACUGUUUCUGUUGAACAUGAGCUGCUACAUCUGCAGGAAAAGGCAAAGCUGCAGGAAAAUCUCGUUGAACAGCAUAAAAAUGAGGUACAAAAGCUACAAAUAGCAGCAGAGGAAUUGAAAUCUAGGUAUGAAAGAGUCUUAAAUGAAAACAAAAAAAUAACAGAAAACAAAUGCUUGGAAGAAGAUAAGCUGUUAAAACUGAGAAUCAAUACAGAGUCUGAGUAUGAAUUUUCUUCAGCUUUUUUUUCCCGUGACAUCAGUUUCAAUGGCAGGGAUGACAAUAAUGUAACUUCUAUGGGCAGUCUUUCCUUAGAAGAAGAGAACUGUAACAUUCAGAGGAAAUAUGAAGCUCUUAAAAGGCAAUUGGGAAAGAUGGAAUUUCAGAAUGAAGAACUUGCUUGUCAGCUCAGAACACAAGAUCAGAGUCUUCAGUGCAGUAAAUUGAAGCUUGAAGAGAAAAUUGCAGAAUAUAAUGCAUUAACCAGACAACUUGAAUCUGCUUUGGAAAAAGGGAGAAAAAUGGUAGCUGAAGAACAGGAAAAAAUAUCAUACAAAGAACAAGCCUUUCAGACAAAACUGCUAGUUCUUGAAACUAAAGUGAGAGAGGGGAAAGAAGAAAAAAAACAACUCCUCUGCAUAUUUCACCAUAAUGAAAAGCACCAUGAAAUAUGUUUGAAAGAGCUGGAGAACAGCCUGCAGAAGUCAGAGAACAAGAACCAGAGCAUCCAGCAUUAUGUGCAGUUUUUGAAAGCUGCAUACAUAACAAUGUUUGGCUGAACUCUUUAACCUAUUUUAAAGUGAAGAAACUUUUCAAGAUUUGGCUCUAAGGAAAAGCUGGAACAAAAGCUUAUUGCGGUCUUAUAGUAUUUUGCAGGAUUGAGUACUCUAAUGUUAGUUCUUCCCUAGGAAAAUGUCUGUUGUGGGCAGGGAGAAGCAGGUCAGUCAUUACUGUAUGUCCUACUGGCUGGUCAUAUAGGAAGUGGACUUGGUAUUACUGAUAUAAACAAUUGUACUAUUCAUGGCACAGAAGUGAAAAGGCAGACUGCAUGACAGCAGUGGCAGGAGUGUAAGUGUGGGGUAUGCACACAAAGUUCUACACUGGUCUGUGAAUUUACUACCUUAUGUUAGGUUCUGUGCUGUAAAAUCUUACAUGUGUCCUUUUAGUCCAUAGUAAAUGCAGGUGAUCACAGGCUAUCUUUCAAAUCACAUGGAGGAAGAAAACACCCAUGGACUAGUUGCGCAGUAAUCUGCAUAUUUUAAAUAUCCGGAAUUAUAUAGUGUUUAUCAGUCAUUACACUUCUGUUACUGUAGAAACCUAGUUGCCUGAGAAAAUGACAUCUAACCUAUUAAGACAGGCAAAAAUUUAGAGCAUUAUGUUCCCUUCCUUUCUUUUUCUUGUAGUUUAGCACCAAUAUGUCAUGAACUGCUGCACUGCAUGGGAGAGUUGCCACCACGAGGCUGUCCUGUCCAACCUUUUUUGCCCUACAUUCCAUAAUGCUGAGGAAUAUACUGAAGUAAUAUUUUGCAAAUAUAAGUAGGAAAGUAUUGUAAAUGCAUAUAUAGUUUAAGCUCUGAAUGUGCUGAUAUAACCUUUCAUGGUGACACAGGUCCAGUAAGAUAUUUAAGUAUUUGUAUUUGAGCUCAAGAGCUGCAGUUGAGUAAGACUGAAUUGUGCCUCAGGUUAAACACAUGUAAAUAUUCAACUGAUAUAGGGAUGAUUCAGAAACCAGUUCUGAUUUUGGUUUUAAUUCUAAAUUCUACUUGGUUUUAUAGAUAUAUAGC